AUGGCGGAACAAAUCGUACGACUUUACAGCUUUCCCGGUUUAUCUUCUGGACGGCAUGAUGUGACUUUAUCUAAGCUGAAAUCAGCCUCAACACGACUGGAAGUAACAAAGCUAACAACAGAGAUAUGUUAUAAUGUUAGCGUGCAAGGAAAUGAAUGCUUAAACGCCGAUGAACUCAAGAACUUGUUUUGGCUGUUGACAAGCACUUUUGAGGAAGAUACUGUUCGCAAAACUUCUUUCCUUGAUGAAACUGCAAGUACAGACGGUUAUGGCAAAGUUUUGAUUGAAAUCGGACCAAGGCUUAACUUCUCAACGGCCUGGUCAACAAACGCUGUGUCCAUUUGUCAAUCCAUAGGUUUAGAACAGAUUGAUCGAAUCGAAAGAUCAUGUCGGUAUUUGAUUGAAGUCAGGCCCAAGGACGAUUCUACAGAUAUCACGAAAGAGGAAGAAAACGCUUUUGCAGCUAAACUUCAUGACCGAAUGACUGAAUGUCGAUACGAAAAGCCGUUGACUAGCUUUAAGGUAAACGUUCGUGCUGAAAGUUGUUACGAAGUUGAUGUUAUGGAAGAGGGUCGAUCUGCUUUGGAAAAAGUUAACCGAGAUCUGGGGCUAGCAUUUGAUGAGUGGGAUCUUGAUUAUUACACCAAAUUAUUCCGCGAAAGAGUUAAAAGAAAUCCCACCAGCGUGGAAUGUUUUGAUUUGGCCCAGUCAAACAGUGAACAUUCUCGCCAUUGGUUCUUUAAAGGAAGAUUGAUUGUUGAUGGACAGGAAGUGGAAGAUUCUCUGAUGAAAAUGGUGAUGAAAACACAGGAAACAACUAACAACAACAGCAUCAUUAAAUUUAGUGACAACAGUAGGUAAGGCAUGACAGCUGGUCAAAUCAUCCAAACGUUAUCUUACCCAGACAUGAAUAUUACUUCACCCAAAAGUUAUUCUUCCCAUGCGAAAUAGCGCCGAAAUCCUUGUUCUGGACUUCCAGCUGUGUGUACAUGCCAUGCCAAUCAGGUUGAAGGGGAAUUCAAACGCACUUCCGGUAAUUCGUUGAGUCCGUUGGGGGUCCAGAACCUGGUGAGAGAUAAUUUGGGGGUAAAUGAUAUUGGCAGUGAAGCUUAUGGUGCAGAACACCUGUCUAUUGCAUCAGCCAAAUCUGUUCAUUUAGGCUUAAGUCUGUGAAUAAUGCCAUCUCUUGAGCUGCAAAUAGUGGUGGGUCUUCGAACAAAAUAAUAUGUAUGAUUUAAAUCGGCCAAUGUCUGACAACAUCUUAACUCUGAUUGGACCUAAUGUCCAGAAAAGUUAUUGUCGACUUCUAUUGAUUUGCAGUAAAUAAAAUUUACCCUGAACAAUUGUGAACUGUCUUCACAAGAAAAUAACAUAAUUGUGGUGUAAUGUAUGGCAGUAACCAGUCUAAAUCUGAACCCCAUGUCUCAAUUUAGUUUGGCCACAUUUUUGUUUUCUGCAACCAAAAGAGAGACUUAGCUAGAUGUUUGUCCUUGUAAGGAAGAAAAAAUAUUCUUCACUGCUUUGCACCAUUAAUUCCAUCUUGCUGCCUAAAGAUGUAUUUUCAGACUUGGGGAAGGCCAAGUUAUGGAGCUGUGUUCUUUUAAACCCAAUUCCAAAAAACAAGGAAAAUUAUAAAUUUAAUUAAAUUUACAAAUGCAGACUCACCAAAAAAGUUGUAUAAUUCUUGUAUUAAAGUGGCUGAAACCCAGGUGUCAUAUUAUACAAUGUACAAGUACAUACAGUUCACAGUAGCACAGUGAACGUCAGGCAGAAAAUAAUUUUAUAUUGGGAUCAUCUAUAGUAGGUGAAUAUUCUUAUUUAAACCAACUUGAAACAUCUCAGACCUGGUUGUUGACCUAAGUGGUUAAUUAAUUUCCAAAGGUAUCCGUUGUCAGUCAGUGAAAACCACAUGUAUACGUGUACCAGCACAUGGUUCAUUUUAAUCUUCAAAACACACCAUUUUUGUUGCAAACUGUACAGCUUGCCUGUCAUUGUUUUUUUACAGUGCUAUCUCUGGUUAUAAAGUUCCAUUGUUAUUACCUGUCACCUGUAAAGAAGCCACCAAAUUUCAGUUAAAGCAAGAUUGUACCAGGCACAUCAUCUUUACUGCCGAAACUCACAAUUUCCCUACAGGUAUGAGUCACUUUUUAACUACAGCAUGGCAGAAAUAGCUUUCACAUUGAAUUGGUAUUUUGUAAGGCAGUGGACUUGAACUGAAAGAGUUUUGCAUUACAGUAAAGCCUGCCCACAAAUGUCUCUUGUGAAUUACUGUAGGUGUUGCUCCAUUUGCUGGUGCGACAACAGGAACUGGCGGACGCAUUCGGGAUGUGCAGGCAGCUGGAAGAGGAGCCCAUGUUGUGGCUGGUACUGCUGGUUAUUGCUUUGGUAACCUUCAUAUCCCAGGUUAGAAAAGCAAUUAUUAUGCUGUAUACAUGCGCUGUAGGCUGAUAACAUUGUUUGUGGCUGUCACCACUUGAAUAAGCCCUUAACUUGAAAUUAAUACUGAAUUUGGCAAAAAAAUAAAUUUUUGUAGAAAUUUGAUAGAAAAUGAUUCCUGCUUUUCCAUUUUGUCCAUAUUUGUUCAACUUAUUCUUGACAUUACAUGUACGUUUAGGUUAUGAACUUCCUUGGGAAGAUGCCAAAUUUGUUUAUCCCAACAACAUGGCACCACCUUUAGAAAUUGUGAUUGAGGCAAGCUAUGGAGCAUCAGACUACGGAAAUAAGUUUGGAGAGCCAGUUCUUGCUGGGUUUGCUAGAUCAUUUGGUAUGAUGCUACCAAAUGGAGACAGACGUGAGUGGGUGAAGCCAAUAAUGUUUAGUGGUGGAAUAGGAAUGAUUGAUGGUGAGGGAGUGACAAAACUACAGCCUGAAAAAGGUAAGAUUAUAUUUCCAAAAAUAAAUAAAGAAAGAAAAGAAGUGAAAUAGCACCUUGUGCAAAGAGGUUCCGUUUUGUCCACGCGAAAAUCCUGCAGAGUGUUUUGUCGACAAGCAAAACUGUUUUAUGACACUCCAAUAUUCACAUCCUUUAAGUCCCAAUAGUGACCAAGAUCAAUUUUCUCCUAACAAUAUCCAUACACUGUCAAGAGAUUAGUUUUGAGAAUUAAUAAAAUGAUCACCCAAGAGAAAUUGCCUUGGUCUAUUAUCAAAUUCUCUCAACUUAUUCUUUAUGGAAAUGUAUGGAGAUCAGUAUGGAGAAUUUGUAUGGGGAUACUGGGGCUUAAAGGGUUAUCUAGUAGUCUAAGGUUUUGUCUGAAGAUGCUUGUCUUAAUCAGUUUAUCACAUAUGGUUAAUGGUGUGCAGUUAGCUCUGUUAGAAGGAUUCUGGUCUGCUGAGCAGGAGGUUGUGAGUCCAAAUCCUGGCAGAACUACAUUUAUACCAACAAAGGUCUUUGAAAAAAUUAAAACUGUGAGAUCAUACUAGCUGUAGUGAGGUUGCCACCAAAUCACUAGGUCAUCUGAAUUGAGAAAGGGUUUCACUUGGCCUUGUCUCCUUCACCCUUACACAUCAGUCAAAAGGGGGCCUUAAAGAACCUAUGACAAGUCAUUCUUUGAAAAGAGUAGGGAAUGACGGCCGUGUGGUGAUGACGUAGUCUAUCUAACUUGUCCCAUCAUUGGUCUGGUUGGGUGAGAUGAGAUUAAACUUGAACUUAAGUGAGUGCAAAAAGGCGCGUUUACAUGCUGAUGCCUGAUCUUACCUCCUUGGUCCCUCUGCAAUUCAGCCACUGGUUGUAAAAGAGGGAAUUUAGCACUGUUUAUUUAGUUUUAUUUAACUUUUUUUAAUAAAAAGGAAUGGAGGUUGUCAAAGUUGGUGGCCCUGUGUAUCGGAUUGGUGUUGGAGGCGGAGCUGCCUCUUCAAUACAGGUUCAAGGGGAUAAUGAAUCGGAGCUGGACUUUGGUGCUGUUCAACGGGGUGAUGCUGAAAUGGAGCAGAAACUGAACCGAGCCAUUCGAGCUUGCAUUGAAAUGGGUUCUGGUAAUCCUAUCUGCAGUAUUCAUGACCAAGGAGCUGGAGGGAAUGGUGAGGGCUUCAACUUUGAAAUUAUUACUACAACAUUUAUCAUGAAGUAGUAAUAAAUGCUUAAUUAUCCUCCCCUUUUUAAUAAUCAAUUUAUGGCUUUUCAGUGAUAAUGAAACAAAUAAUAAAUUCAAAUGUAACAUGACAAGGUUAAGAUUCCCAACUGGCACAAGGCCGCUAACCAGUAUUAAUUUAUUCAAAAAAAAUAUCAUGUGAAGAAUUGAAAUGAUUGCUAAAAAGUCACUGUCUUUUUCCCAAAAUAACUGUACAGAGAAACUGCAAAGUUAAUAAGGGAUAAAACUUGUCAUAGAAAUUAUGUUUAUUAUGUUCCUUGGGCAGGGAAUGUACUGAAAGAGAUCUCUGAACCUGCUGGAGCAGUUAUUCGAGUUAAAGACUUCAUGCUUGGUGAUCCAACCAUUUCCGUCUUGGAACUGUGGGGUGCUGAGUAUCAGGAGAGUAAUGCAUUACUGGUGCAUGCUGAAAACAGGCAAACCUUGCAAGAUAUUUGUGAUAGAGAGAAGGUGCCAGUCUCCUUUGUAGGGGAAAUAACAGGUAAGCAGUGGUAAUCCAAAAACAGUGCAGAGGAUUACUUUAUUACUUGUCCAUGAGGCCUCACACCUUACCCCUGUCCAAAAAUAAAACAUUGUAUUGAGAAAGACACGUCGUUGAAUGAACCUUCAUAUGCCACCACCUCUCAUAACAGCAACCAUCUUCCAUAAAUGACCACCUUUCCAAAACACCCAAAUUUUUCUAGUUAGAGUCUUAGAUCAGAACCUGUCUUAAAUGAUCACCUCUUGUAAGCAACCAAGACUACUUUUUUGGAUGAAGUUUUUAAAAUUUUUCGUUGUUUAACCCUCUGGUAAGCAACCAUUUGAGUCAUGGUUUGAUGUCUAUCUUUUCUGUAUGUACUACACUUUUCAGAGUAUACAAAGAACUUUUACUGACAACAUGAAACUGUACAAUAAUAUGAAUAAGAAAUUGCAUGCUAUGGAUUCUCAUCGAAAAUGAAGAUGUGUUCGGAUAUUUUCUAGGAAAGGACCCCUUGGUUUGAUUCUCAUAAACGACCACCUGUAAGUGACCACUAAAUGUUUGCAAUAUUGGUGGUCACUUGUUAACCUGAGAUCAGGCUCAAUUUUCAUUUUGCUUUGUAAAUAACAUCCGGCGGGCAAGAUGAAACGAAAUUAGUGGUGGCCGUUAGAGAGAACGUAUGAGAACGGCUAAAAUUGGGCCUGAUCUCAGGUUAGUCAAAGCUUUACCAUUGAUCCUACCAAUUGCCAAUUGUGAGCUUGCACUUGGGAGUGGAUCCAUGUUUUGGUGACUUGCUUCUAGGGACUAUUUUGGGAGACAAAUUUUGACCCAGUUACCUACCCAACCUUGUAAAAGCCAGUGAAAGAAUUAGCGACAGCAUUUCCAGAUCAGCUCCAAUAGUGCUGUUUGCCACAACACUGAACUAGACUUGCAUGCAGCAUCAAGAUGGCCGACUUGGACUGCAAUGGGGGAUGAGCCACCUAGCCUGCUAAUAUGAAUAGCUCUUAAUAUUACCUGCAGUGGCAAUAGAUUUUUUGUACAGUUAGCAAUGAGAGGUGGCCAUAUGCACAGGCGAAGGAGCCACUUGCUCACUAGAUAAUGAACAGUGGUGGCCAAAUUCAAAAAAUUUGGUUUUCAUGUUGAUAUUUUACAUGUUGACGUUAAGAACAUCCAGAAUUAUGAUUUUUGUCCUUCAUAAUAACUCUGCCUCAAGUUGGUACUGGGUGGUAGCACAUACAAUGUAACUCUUUGAAGUACAAGAUGUCUUCUGGAGCAACAGGCUUUCUUUCUAGGAUUUAACACAUACAUAUUUUUUUUAAAUUAGCAGGCUUUUUGAAUGCCUAAUCACUUCCACAGAUGCAACUUUACACAUUUGCAAUAAUACAUGUAUUAUACAAGGCCUUGAGCAAGGUGUGAUGGAGAAUUCAUGGGACUACAAAGUGAACAAUGCUUAAAAUUUAGGCACAUUUCAACCUGUAUGCCCUUCAUAGUGUAAUUAUUUCAAAUUGUGUUUUUAUGAGGUAGUUAAUAAACUACAGGGUUAAAAACCUUAUGUUUCACUCAAUUUCAACUGCCAGGUGAUGGAAGAAUUGUGUUGGAAGAUGAAACUUCCCAUUUUGAAAAUGGAAUAUCAACAGAGGAAAAUGGUGUGCCAAGCAAACGCCAGAGAACAACAACUUAUCCGGUUGAUCUGGAACUUGAAGUUGUGCUUGGGAAAAUGCCACAGAAGGUUCAGUAAUAUUAUUUUGUUCUUUUCAUAAUUGUGAAGUAGUUUCUUUUGGCACUUAAUUGAAAAAUAAUACUCUUUUUUUAAAUUUUUUUUUCAGGUUUUUAAUUUAGAGCGUGUGAAGUCACAGUUAGUGCCACUGCAUAUUCAACCGAGUUUUACAGUGAAGGAAAUGUUAGACAGAGUGUUACGUCUGCCAGCAGUUGCCAGCAAGAGAUAUCUCACAAACAAGGUAGUAAAUAAGCUAGAGGGUUUUGAAAACGAGCUCUGGUGACAAUGUUCUUUCUUCCAUUCUCUUCCAUUUUGCGUACUUUAGUAGGAAAUAUUUCAUAUCAAAAGUGAUUACAUUAGUAACUGUCAUACAACACAUAUAACAGUAUCCUUCCAGGAAAUCAGUGUUAUUGGUGAAUAGCUAGAACGUAAAUGAAUAAGGAUAGGUGAAUAAUAUUGAUAAAUACAAGGGUAAAAUAAUACACACUCAGUAUUGUAACCCAAGAUGAUUCAAAACUGUUCUGAACAUGACAACCCAUAAGUGAAUAAUUGCGAAAAAAAAACAACAACAAAAGAAGAUCUACAAACUGCAAACUAUGAAGCUGUGACUGAUUGUAUUGAAAAGCAGUGGUAUGUAGAUGUAGAAGUAAUGUGUAACAGGCUCUAAGUUGUUUUUUUAAUGUGUACUUGAGGUUGACCGCAGUGUCACAGGUCUGGUUGCCCAGCAACAGUGUGUAGGUCCAUUGCAUACGCCAGUGGCUGAUGUAGCAGUGACAGCACUGACACAUUUUGACACAGUGGGCUCAGCGACUGCCAUUGGAGAACAGCCAAUCAAAGGCCUAGUAGAUUCAGCAUGUGGAGCAAGAAUGGCAGUUGGAGAAGCUCUAACAAAUUUGGUGUUUGCAAGAAUAACUGAUCUAAAGGUAUCAAAUUUAAGCUUGUUUCCUCUAGCCUCCCAUGCGGGCAAUUUUUAGGGGAGACUCUCCUAAAACGCCUUUGUGGGAGGCUUGUUUCCUGAUGCAGUGCUUUUCUUUUGUUUCAAAGAGAUCCAGUCCCCAAAGAAUUGAUACACAAUUUUACAUUUUCAAAGUCCUUUUUAUUUUUUUUAUUUCCCCAUCUUGUGACAAAAAACACUGAACUUUAAUUGAAUGGGGAUGGCAUGCUGUCUUGAUGUGAUAGUGUGAUGAAGUAGUUAAGGUUUUGAUUCAAUUGAAAGAACUUUAGGAAAAUUGUCACACCAAUAAGCAAGCGUACAUUACAGUAUUUGUGAAAGACGCUCAGGUGAAGAAUUGGUGUACACUCUUUUGUGAUGUGGAACAGGUGAUAAAUCUGGGGUACCACAAAACAAAGAGUAGGAAUUAUAAUCAACCUGUAAUUCCUGAAGGAACAAGUGAAGCAAUCCUUACUUUUGAAUGUAUGGAUUGAAUCCUACGGUUGGAUCAUAACAAACUCUCUUCAUAUGUACUGUAACAUAGCACUUUUUGCUUUCUUAGUAUUUUAUUUUUAGAAGAUAACAUGUAGAAUUUUCCUCGAUUUUUGCCUCUUCCUGUCACUGAGAGUAAAAGUGUUACUGUAGUACAAUGGAAGUGAGAUGCUUUGAAUGGUAAAUGUUUCAUGAACCAUUCAACCUGAAUGCUUCCCAGAUAAAAGCUGCUUUUUUAGUGAGCUUAAUUCCUCAGGAUGGCCCCCCUAUAUUGGCCAUGCGUGCUGAUCAUUACUCACUGACAUUUUAAGGUGGACAGUGUUGGAGGUCACGUUAUUUUUAUACCGCAAUUUCAUCCGAUAUAAAAUUGUCAGUUACAAGGCCACAUCCCAACAGUACCACCGAGAAAAAAAGUUCGUGUCGCCUAAGUUUUGUUUCCAAAAUUUCGUACCCUUAGUCGGUUGAUACAUGUUGAUGAAAGGCCAUGCAAUAUUUGACUACAAUACACAGGCUUUAAAUUUUCUUUCUCACAAUUCACCCGCAGGAUGUUAAAUGCAGUGGUAAUUGGAUGUGGCCUGCAAAAUUACCAGGAGAAGGUGCCAGUCUGUACGAUACAUGUGCGGCUAUGUGCAGUGUCAUGUCAUCUCUUGGCAUUGCCAUAGAUGGUGGAAAAGACUCGUUGAGCAUGGCUGCUAGAGUGGGAGGUGAUACCGUUAAAGCACCUGGCUCUCUGGUUAUUUCAGUCUAUGCGGCAUGUCCAGACAUCCAAGCCACAGUUACUCCAGAUUUGAAGAUCCCAGGCAAAGGAGGGAAUCUGGUGUGGGUCAAGUUUGGUAUUGAUUGUAAUUACAGGCUGGGAGGAAGUUCUUUGGCGCAGGUGUACAAUCAGCUUGGAAGCGAGGCACCUGAUUUAGACGAUCCAAAGGUAAGAAAUCUUGUUUCAAUGAAAGCACCCUCUGGAAUAUUGGAAACAGUUGCGCGCCAGUAACAGAUCUGCUCUUACAGCCCUGUACUUCUACUUACACACACAGGUGAUCGUGUCUGGAUACAGCUAUUUCAAUGAAAUUGCCUGCAUGACAAGACUACAUAUGCUCAGUGUGGGCAAUUAAAUAAACACAGCGAGCAACUCUUCCGUCAUAAAAUCACAAUCGUAAACCUUUGUAACGUUUUAUACCAUCUUGUGGCACAGACAACCACAAAGUUAUGACAGAAUUACAGAGGAUUUACAGACCUUGUUGGACAUUGUUGUCCUGUCGCCUACGCUUGAGGCACUAGGAUACGUCAACGUUGGUUACUAUUUUCAAUGAUCUGGCCGAGUUUUAUCUCCCAUGAAAACCUCUUUAGAAGGCCAGAGUAUAUACAUUGUCAGUGAUGGUAGAACAUUACAUGCAUUACACAUCCCACCACAGACUCUUCUAUUCGGAGUUUGUGUUGAUCACAGUUUUUGUCUUAUGAAUGAAAUAAAAGAAUUUCAUAUUAUUUUGUUUCAGAUCUUUGAGGCUGCAUUCAGGACCACACAGGAACUGAUAUCACAGGGUCUUAUCGUGUCUGGCCAUGAUAUUAGCGACGGAGGCCUGAUUACUACUCUUUUGGAGAUGGCCUUUGCUGGAAACUGUGGCCUGACAGUUGACAUUCCUUGUUUAGAAAACAGUACCUCAACAGUGAGCAAAGUAGCAGAUGUGCUUUUUGCCGAGGAGCUUGGAAUUGUUCUGGAAAUUGAAGAAGAGAACACUGAAAAAGUUUUGAACGCCCUCCGUGAGAAAGGCGUACCUUGCCACCAAAUUGGCAGAUCAAACGGGAUUGGUGAAGAUGCAGUUGUUUUAGUCCGUGUCGGGGGUGAGCUUGUGCUGGAACAGAAAAUGGUGGAUUUGCGAGAUAUCUGGGAGGCAACUAGUUUCCAGUUGGAGAGACUGCAGACAAACCCACAGUGUGCACAGGAAGAAGAAGCUGGCCUUCGUACGAGGCGUGCUCCAGGGUACAAGUUGUCAUUUGAACCAGUGCUUUUACCCCCAGUGAACACUGAUGUUCGUCCGAAAGUGGCCAUUAUACGCGAAGAAGGAAGCAAUGGAGACCGGGAAAUGGUUGCGAGCUUUUACAUGGCUGGUUUUGAAGCUUGGGACGUUACUAUGCAUGACCUGUGCAGCGGAACAAUGUCGCUGGAAGAUUUACGUGGGGCAGUGUUUGUCGGGGGAUUUAGCUAUGCUGAUGUGCUUGGAUCAGCCAAAGGAUGGGCAGCAGUGUGUAACAUCAACCCCACCGUUAGGGCUCAGUUAGAUGCUUUCUUUGCCAGACAAGACACCUUUAGCUUGGGAGUGUGUAACGGCUGCCAGUUGAUGGGCCUUCUAGGCUGGGUUGGUCGGUAUACCAAGAGUCACAAUGAUUCCAGCUCCAAACAGGGUGUUUGCUUCACCCACAAUACCUCUGAGCGUUUUGAAUCGCGGUUUGUGACAGUCAAAAUCCAGUCCAGCCCUGCCAUGAUGUUGCGUGGUAUGGAGGGAUCCACUCUGGGUAUUUGGGUUGCACAUGGCGAAGGACGAAUCCAGUUCCGUGAUGACAGCAUGCUGCAGAAUAUCAAAACGAACAACCUUGUACCACUUUGUUAUGUAGACGAUGACGACUGUCCAACCACGCAGUACCCGCUUAAUCCCAAUGGAUCCCCUGAGGGGAUAGCUGGUCUCUCCUCUCCUGAUGGACGGCAUCUUGCAAUGAUGCCCCACCCAGAGAGAUGUACGUUGCUGUGGCAAUGGCCGUGGAUGCCUCGUGAUUGGCAGAAUAGUCUCGAGGCAUCUCCAUGGCUACGCAUGUUCCAGAAUGCCUACGCAUGGUGCGUGCAAAGUCAAGAAAGUUAAAAUGUAUUCCCUGAGUGUUUUCUGUAACCCUUUGGAGUGCAUUUCUGUUUUUGUCGAGAGGAAAGCAUUAUCAGAAGCACUUAGCUUGAAAAAAUUACUGUACUUUCUGUACACCUUUCAUAUGUUAUUGAACUUUUAAUGGAAUCAUAAAUUCUGAACUAUGGUAGUUUAGGAGGUUUGGUUUUCUUAGUUGUUACAAUACGCCUUAUGGAAACGUUUAAGAACACCCUUGUUACGGACAGCAAAAGGAAAAGUUUACUUCGCGCAAGCUACUGUAAGUAUUUCCGCUGUAGUGUUUUCGAGCGGUUGCAGACUUUGCGGCUUGGUUUCCAGUUAAAGCCUAAUAAAAUAGUACUGUUUUUUGUUCAUCAUUCUAUUUAAACUAAUAAAUUA